GUCUAGUCACGAUACUUUUUCCGUGGGCGCGUGCAUGCGUGCGUGCGUUCCGUGCCCGUAAUGUCGUUUUUCCGCGUGGAAAUCUGCACGCGUGCCGGUAAUGAUGAAUCAGAGGGACGUCGCGCAUCCCGCGAACGCUGAAUUUCUCGUGCCUGGAUGAGUCGCGAAUCGUGAUUCCGCAUUUCCGCGCCGGAAGCUUCGCGCUGAUUACACCACGUCAGUUACUCCGACUCCGGGUGACGACGGUCGGGUGGUGGUGGUGGUCGCAUUUGCGGUGGUGGUAGUGGUGAAUCGGUAGCGAGCGCUACAACGAUCGUCGUGUCGUGUUUGCGCGGUUAAAACUGACGACGUGUGAAAAAAGUCGCCCCUAAUGCGGCGAACAACAACGUCGACGCUUCGUAAAAGGCUAGUAUGAGGGUGUACGUGUUGUGCGUAUAUUGGAUGCUGCUUCUGGUGUCGGUAGUGUCCAGUGGAUUCUUGUUUCUCCUGGUGGCUUUGGAAAGUGUGCAUGCCGAAGAGCCCUCUUUCCACCUAGAAAAGAAUGAAACCUAUGAGGUUUACAGCAAUAUCACGCUCAAUUAUGAUAAUCAUGAAAGCUUUGAGUCAUCCGUCAUAUUAAAUACUGACACGCAGGCUGCAGUAACAUUCAAGACUACUCAGAAUGAUCGGUACCGUCAGGAAGAAGCUACUGCAGUUUCAGGUAGUUUUGAAGCGAUCAAUGACGUGCAGGAAAAGAAGGAUGCGGAUGUUUUAGCAGAGAGCCUUAUGCAGCAACCUAAUCUCUCUCAAGGGAUCUCCGAGACUGGCCAGGCGGUGGUGUUGACUCUGGUGGACACCGCAGCGGCGGAGUUGCAGAAUCUGGUCGAGCCGAAGACUGACCGCGAUUUUUCUUCGGGGUCAUCCAUCAAGAAUACUUCCUUGUUAAGCGACAAUCAGACCAGGCAGUCCGAACAUCCGAGUACGUCGACGAUACAAAUUUCCUCGCCACCAAUCGUCGACGAGAGGACGGAUCGACUAAACGACACCGAUUUCUCCGAAAAUGAAAAGGAAGCGCUUCUGCUGAAGAAGAUCACCGAGGAGACGCCGGAAGUCGUCGUGAUCGUCCGGGCGGAGCAGAAGGCUAAUACGGACGAAUCGGAGCUGAGAACUGAGGAGGACGUCGACCAAGUAUCUGAAGAGUUGCCCACGAAGAUUGACGAUGUGUUCACUACGGCGCCGGAAUUGAAUGAUACGGCAGCCAGGGAGCAAUUACUCGGUGGUAGCAGAGACGAGAGUGCGGCGGUGAUCCUGGAUGGGCUUGUCACUUCCGGUCCUACAGAUCCGCAUGAGGAUAUACCGUCGUUUAGUGAGUGGGCGCAAAAGCGCCUGGAGGAGGCUGAGAAGAAAAAAACUCAUCCAAACGUCUCCGUGCAGACGCCGGGCGGUCCAGGACGAGGUGUAAGCGGCAUGAAGAUUCGUUCGAAAAAUUACGCUUCGCCCGAUUGUGGAGCCAAGAUCGUGGCGGCCAAUCCUGAAGCGAGCAGCGCAAAGAACGUUCUGGUGUCCACGCGAGACGAAUAUAUGUUGAAUGCCUGCACGUCGCGCGUCUGGUUUGUCGUCGAGCUUUGCGAGGCGAUCCAAGCGAAGAAAAUCGAGCUGGCGAAUUUUGAGCUUUUCAGCUCGUCGCCGAAGGAUUUCUCCGUCUAUGUGAGCGAUCGUUAUCCCACGAAAGACUGGAGCCCAGUCGGCCAAUUCACUGCUAAGGACAUAAAGGAUAUACAGAGCUUUGCUCUGCAUCCUCACUUUUUCGGCAAGUUCAUCAAAAUCGAGCUCCAGUCACAUUACGGAUCGGAACACUUCUGUCCCGUCUCGUUGUUUCGCGCUUACGGCACCAGCGAGUUCGAAGUGCUGGAAACCGAGACGGAGAAUCAGAUCCUGCAAGAGACGAGCGCGGAUAAGGACGACUACGAGGAUAGCGAUGAGGAGGAGUCGUUGGACAGCGAGGGCGAUUCACCGCCGACGAAUCUCUUCGGUAGCGCUCGUGACGCCGUGCUAAGCAUCAUGAAGAAGGCGGCAGAGGUACUGGUGAAGUCGAGUGAUCUCACCGGCAACAACAUUACAAAGAUCCAGCAGAACAUCGACGGCGGCAGCAUUCUGGAAAACUCGUACAUGAGUUGCAUGACGCCCAGAUACACAAUCCUUUGUGGCAACUGUACUGAUCAGAAGUUCGCCAGCGUUUUCCAACUGGUCAGUUGCCGCGACCGCCAGUUGGAUAAUUUGCUGAAGAUCGACUUUGUGAACGAAACACUACGGCGACAGGGAGUGUGUAGUCUGUACGGGGUGGAGAUCGAGUCGCUCUGGAAGAAAGAAGAGGAAAGGCGCGAUGACACAACGCACUUCAAUCUUGUGGAGGAUCUGCAAGCGACUUUUUUAGCCUCUGUUUUUAAACCCGAGUACAUCGUGGCGUUAUGUAACGUUUUGGCGACAAAGGAGCGUAAGGUAGUGAUGAACACUAGCUAUGAAAUACCCGUGAACAGUUCUAAGGAUGCCGUCAAAGAGGAUAUUCUAUCCAUCAAGGAUACCGAUCACAGCAACGAGAUUACCUCUCAUCAGAUUUCCGACACUCUGGAUUCGGAUUCCUCUUCUAAAGAGACUCGACGACACCCGACUCAGGAUAUCAGCGAGGAGGCCAAGAAGAGCGUCAACACGACGUCUAUAGAGACUUCCACCAGUACCGAGAGCUUGGCGUCGCAAAUCAAGCCCACGAAGACGCUCAGCAAGGAAGAUCCGAAGAAGGAAUCGUCCGUACCGAUCCUGGAGCCUAGUAAGGAAUCCAUGGAAGAGACGCAGCAGACGGAAGUAUUAACGACCGUUCCACCGUCUAAUCUGACACCGACCUUGAAGAUCGAGGAACCGCCAAUUCAGGGCACUCCAGUGGAGAUGACGUUGCAAACGGUAAGCAACAUUCCGCCGAUGAAUCUUGAUAAUCAAGAAGUUGACGAAACACUCACGCCCGAUGCAGAGAACACUGAGGCUAGCGCGCAAGUUCAAACUAACAAGUCAGAGAGCGGCGAAUCAGAUGGAAAAGAGAAGAUGAGAGAUUUAGGCGAGCAAGAGGUUCGACUGUCGUCUCAAGAUCAUAUCGCAUUGGAUACGUUGUUUUCUGAUUUGAAAGAUUUGGAGGGCGAUGCGGCUAACAUGCAGAAUGGCGCCUCGAGUUCGUUGUCGAUGACUCUGCCCACAGCAAGCACUGUGCCUCAGAAGGAAUCCGUUUUCCUCCGACUAUCCAACAGAAUUAAGAUUUUAGAGAGAAAUAUGUCACUCAGUGGGCAAUACUUGGAAGAGUUGAGUCGUCGUUACAAGAAGCAGGUAGAGGAGAUGCAACGUUCAUGGGAACGCGCGGUGGCCGCUAUGAACGAGGAAUCUCGGAAAGGUGAAGAACGCGAAGCAAGGAGAGUGGAGGAGAUCGCGGCUUUGAAGGAGGAGAUCGCCGAACUUUCCAAAUCAUUCCAGGCUUUGCUUUACGAUCAGGACAGCUGGCGCAGUCGUUUCUCUACGAUCAUUCAACACGUUUUGCUGAUCUGCUUGGAAAUCAUCAUCAUCAUUCUAAUUAUUUCCUAUUGCCGCAGAGGAGAGGAUUUCGAAGAGGAGGAGACACUUCAGGCGGACACGGAGAAGCAAGAGAACGCGGCGCAUCAGAAGAGCGCAGAGAAUUUUGUUUCUCACAAUGGGACGAAAAAAACGAAAAAACGACGACCGAGCGAGAUUGCUUCUCACAUUAGUGGCACGUAUCACGAACUGAUGGUUGAUGAUCGAACUCAGGAGAUAACGAAGAAAGAGCGCAAGAAGAAACGCAAGAAGGAGACGACCGUCAGUAAUAGAACAGCGAUCAAUAGCGAUGCCAAGCGAGAGGCAAUUCGUUAUAAGAACGUACUGGAUGUGAUCCCGGGUGGCACGACGUUGCCGUCAAGAAGAGCGUCGUCUAUAGAUCCUCCGCGCUCUACGGAAUCGCAGAAUCUCGACAAGAGGCCAGAAUCUGCGCCCGAGACCAGUGUCGGUUGGUUCGAUGGUCAGACGGAGAGGAUCGAACGGAUCGUGCAGCUCGUGCCGGACAGCAAGAAAAUCUUCGGGGCGAAAGCCGAACAAAGUUCCGAACUCGGUUGUCAGGCUGACGAGCUGAGCGAGUCGAAUUCGUCGUCGGCGACUAUGGACAGACCUGGCGAGGUAUCGAUCACGAUCGAACGGAAGGUCGAAGUGUCGAGGAGCAGUUCGUUCAGGAGCGGUAUCCUCAAAGGCGCAAAAUUGAGCUCGCCAUCUUUCAUGAAGACUGCUCUGGGUACGAGGAGCAAGCGGAAACUUUCUUUAAACUCAAGUUCGAAUGACAGAUGCGAGUGGAAUCAGGACUUGCAGCGGUUGAACGACAGAUCUGCCCCGUCCAGCUCCGCGAACCUGAACACGCAGACUGUCGACGGUAACGCUAACGGUAACCCCGCGAACGGUUUGAUCGAGGAAAGUGAUGAGUCGAGGAGUAGUAGCGCUACGCCCACGUCGGGCAAGAAGGAGAAGAGAGGCACCGGUCUGAAGAAAAUGGUGAGGAAGUUCUUCUGAUUGAAAUAGACCCGUAGACAAGGUACAGACUGGGCUGGCGCGUCGGUCUUAGUAACAAUCUGCAUAAUGAAUUAAAGCAAUCGGUCCGAGCGAGGAAAUGUACGGAUAUCCGUGCAGAAUACUGAAAGCGAAUGAAUGAGGCGUCGAAAAAAAAACUCGCGACAUACGAAUAAUUUCGUUCAAGCAAUGAUUUUUAGUUCACUAUUAAUUAAUAGCCAUCAAUAUUGAUAGCACGAAUUAAUAAGCGAGAAUUAUUGUUAGAGUCGAUAAAAGUUUAAUCCUUGCUAAAAUUAAUUACUACAUUAAAAAAUUCAUUGUAACUUUUAGGAGUACUUGAAGUGGUUUACUGUUUAAUUUGUAGAUGAAGAAUCGUAAAUCAAGGAAAAUUAUUUGAGUGGUCGCUUAAGCCGAAAAGUUUUUUCACCGCACUCGUUAUACAGUUGAUGACUUUUUCUCUUCUUUCUAGUGGUCCGUUUCGGUAUCUUGAGAACAGCAUGCUAAAUGCAGAGAAAUUAGAACAUAGAAGUAUUCUACGGAAAUUUGAUGUGGUCGUUCGCAUUGAGCGUGAAGAUUGUGACCGGCGCGCAAGAUUACCUCACCGUUACGUGAGAUGAGUAAAAUAGUUUUUAAGGAUAGAAUUAAUUUACGCGUUUGUGAUGGAUCUUGAUCGACACAGCGACAAGUGACUGCAAUGAUCUAGUAAACGUUCCUGCGUUUUCGUUAGAUUAUCCAGAUUUAAUUUAAUAUUUAUCCAUCAGUUUAUACAUCGCCAAAGAGAGAGAGGGGGUGUGAGUAGUGAGUAAAAUGUUAUGAAGGUGAAAUUUCUUAAGACAAUUUACAAGAUCUACGAAAAUCUUUUGAUUUCCACCGAUGUCGUGGCUGGCAUUCGAUUCGUUGGCUGUUUUUCGCGUGCCUCUGUCAUAUAUCGCAUAAUCAUAAUCAUAAUGCAAAGAAGGGACUUUUAGUUAACUAAGAUAACUUAAUCCAUUUUAAUUACGUUAAAUUAGUUGAUCGCAGGAAGUGACGAAAAAUUGUGGAAAUCUAAUCAAGUAUUCUGAUUUCUUGCACACGAAGAAUUAUUUUGAGAAGGAUCAGAGACUCUCUCGCAUCCACAUCCACAACUGAAAUUUCGAAUUCUCAAAGCGCCGGCAUGGUACUUUAUGUAGCACGUCAUAUACUUAAGCACACUUCGUGUGUAUGUGCUUGUUGCUCGGUUUGAUUUUAAAUUUUGAUUUAUAGGAUUUCCCUCUUUUAUGCUUGUGUGUCGGCUCUACGAGCCUUUUUAUCUUUAUCGAAAGAUCUAAGUCAACAUCCGUGAGCGGAAUCGCACGUUAUGCUGCAAGAAUUAGAUAAAUCCGAGUCACAUUUCUCUGACGAGUCAUUUGUUAUUUAACGCAAUUUCGUUUUUCCUGAUAGUCUAUCGUUCUGGUCUUCCGACAAUGUUCACAAGAAUGGCUGUUCAAAUAUUCAAUAGAAAAUCAUGUAGAUGCGCGCGCGUACAUAGGAAUUUUGAUAUCGUUAGCGUUCGCAGUUAUUCAUCCCCUUUCCCCGUUAUCUCGUUUUCUGUUCGAUCGUUUUUAGUGUUCAAACGAAUUUAGUGCUAAAUGUAGCCAUAUCAUUUUUAAUAUGUGAUAGCACACGCAAAUACAAUUCUGUCGUUUAGUGAAAAAACGAUCUAUUUUAAACGACCAUAUUUAGCGCUAAAUGUGAAAUGUAUCGCGCACAGUCGUGUCUUUUUUUUGCCACUAUUUUAUUUUACUUAACACCCGCCGUGAAGAUAUUCCGCAGAUUCACAACGAUUGUGCCAGCAUUUUGUAUUUGAUAAAGAAUUGCGCUGUGAUAAAAUCCUCCUGAGAAUCAUGCGACGGUCUACAGUAUCGCAAAUGAGGAAGAAGAGCUAAGAAAUAUAAAGUUGAUGUAAAGUGAAAAGUUGGAGGAUGCGAAUGUUAUCUGGAAUAACUUAAACUCUAAUCGAAAACGUGUCCUAUUACUUAACGUGCAUUUAAAGAUUACAGAUAAAUAAUCGUAAUUGAUAUUAAGAGUGUAUAUAUGUUUUGAGCUCGUGCUCGAGCUUUUUCUCGAGCUUUUAGCAGAUACAUUUUUUUUAGCUAUAAAUUAUUGUUAUAUGAGUACAUACAUUAUUAAUUUUCACCGAUUAUUUAUAUGCAGUAGAAUAAGGACCCAUAUUUCAUUAGGAUUUCUAUUAUCGAAUGGAAUAAUUAUUGUCAUUGUAUUAAUCGCAGGCUUCGAUGGAAUAAUGGAUGAUUUAUUUAUAAUUAUUUAUAAUUAACACAUUCCUUGCCGCAUGAGUCGUAUGCCCCAUGCCUCACGUUGUCGAAUCGAAUAGUUUUGUUUACGAUAUAAUAUUUAUAUGAUUGCAUAUUUAUGUUAUCAAGAAAAAUACGUAUAACUAUUAAAGUGCAAAGAGGACAAAAAUUUUUAUUGUAACAACUUUUAUAAAAUGCCUGUGUGGAGAAAAAGGAAAGUCAUCGAGAAAUGCGGCUCGGCACGGAACGUGUUAAUGAAAAUGCGAAGCUCGUUUGCCGAAAUGCGUACGGCUGCUUUUAGCAGUAACACAUUUCAUUUUUAAUAUGAAGAUGCGCGUUUCACUAUUUAAUAUUUGCAACGAGGUAUAUUGUAUAUGUAUAGAUUGUUCCACCGAGAAGUUAAAUAUGUUCGAAAGAUCUACUGUAAGCUUUAAUAGUCACCUAAUUUGUAAAAUUAAAUUCAUAAUAUAAAAUAACAAAGUGCGUGCCACACGAUGUAAGAAUGUUAUAUCAUUUGUUUGCAUUAUAAUUAAUUCAUUCUUCGUGUACGAUAUUUUAUCCUACAUUCGUAUUAUUUAUUAAUCUAUUAGUAGAAUCAUUUUAGACUGUUCAAGUUUAUUUAUAAUGUAUUUAUAUAUAAAAGUUUUAAUAGUAUAAUACGAAUGAAGGAUUGUUAUUUAUAAUUCUAUAAUGUCGAUUAUUCGAAUUAACAGUUUCAAGGGACUAGGAAAAUGGAGCUGCGCUACUUUCAUGAAAUAAAAUCUUAUGCUAGUCUUUAAUUGCGAGAUCUGUCAUUUUCCUACAAAAAAGUAAAUGAAUAACUACUUCUCAGUUUUUCUCUAAAUUCUUUAGAAAGCUUUAUUCUUGUAAUCGGAUUUCCCGUUUUCCUCUCAAUUCUUUAGACUUAAUUAUUUUAUUUUAAAUUUCUUUAUUCUAAAGAAUCUAGAAAAAAACGGGAAAUGCAAUUAUACCAUAAUUGUAAACUGUUAUUUAUGGGAAAUCAUGUGUACAGUCUUCAUAUAUUAAGUAAUAUUAUUAAAUAACAGAUAUUCAGCUACCCACGUCGAAAUUCCAUCUGCAGUAUAUAUUGACGCUAUUCAGCAUGAAAUCCAUAUGCAACGUUUUUUUACUUAUAUACCUACGAAUAUUUAUUUGUUAUAAAUACGUUCCUUUUUGAGAUAAAUUUAUGAUUUAUAGAAGCGAAAAAUCGCGCGAGAGUAUCGAAUGAUUGUUGUUAUUUGUACAUUGUAGAAAAAGUGUGCAAAGACUGCAAAAAGUGUGUAUGUGGGAGUGCACAUAUUGAAAGAUAGUAGAUAUACAUACAUAUAAGAUCGUUUGCGCCUACUGUUGAGUGUUUAGUCAAUUUUCGUAAUGAUUGUUACACUCAUGCAUCUGAAUACGAUCAUCGCUUGUAAUUAAACUGUACGUCUGUAUAUACAAGAAUAAUGCACGUUGUGUAUAAUGUAUAUCACUGCGAAAGAAUAAAGUUGCCAAAAGACUUGUCCUAAUG